GACAAUCACCAGUUCUUGAUUUCUAUUUAUUAGAUCUUCACACGGUCUCUUUAAAUAUGUCUUCAGAUAUUCAAACAGUUGCAGCUCUGCUUCAAGCUACCUUGGACCCAAGGCAGCAUAAGCAAGCUGAGGCAGCCUUGAAAGUAGAGCAGGCCAAACCUGGAUUUUCUCUCCUCCUCCUCAAUAUCGUUGCAGCAGAUGACCUGCCAGUUAAUACGAGGCUCUCUGGAGCUCUAUGCUUCAAGAAUUUCAUCAAGUACAACUAUGUGGACGAAGAGAGGAACUACAAGCUCCCACAAAAUGAAGUUUUCACGAUAAAGACUGAGUUGAUUGGCCUCAUGGUCUCGGUCCCAAACAGUAUACAAGCCCAACUUGGAGAAGCUAUCAGUAUUAUCGCGGAAUCAGACUUCUGGGACAGAUGGGAUACAUUGGUUGAUGACUUGGUUUCCCGCCUCACUCCUAAUAACGCUAAAAUCAAUAAUGGUGUACUGGAAGUCGCACAUUCGAUAUUCAAGAGAUGGAGACCGCUGUUCGCCUCGGAUGCUCUAUACACAGAAGUCAACCACGUACUAUCAAAAUUUGGUCAACCUUUUGUACAGCUUCUGGCGAGCACCGACCAGCAGAUUCAAGCUAAUAAGGAUAAUAAAGAGGUUCUAAAGCAACAUUUUGAGACAAUGAAUCUGUUGAUGAAGGUUUUCUUCGAUCUCUCUUGCCAAGAUCUCCCUCCUAUCUUCGAGGAUAACAUCGGAGAAAUAUCCAAACUCUUGCACAAAUACCUGACAUAUGAAAACCCUCUUUUGGCGACGGACGAUGAUUCUGAGUCAGGACCCCUCGAGUUCGUAAAGGCUGGCAUAUGUGAGGUUUCGACACUUUACAUGCAGAAAUAUGAAGAUGCAUUUGGAAGUCUUUGCGAGCCAUUCAUUACAAGCGCUUGGAGUCUCUUAACAACCAUUGGACCUGAAACCAAAUUCGACAUACUUGUUAGCAAAGCAUUACACUUCUUGACCGCAGUUGCUAGUCUUGACAAGCAUGCUCAGAAUUUCAAUAAUGGGGAGAUUUUGAGCCAAGUGGUUGAGAAGGUCAUUCUGCCCAAUGUAAGCUUGAGAGAAACGGAUAUCGAACAAUUUGAGGAUGAGCCCAUCGAGUAUAUCCGAAGAGAUCUGGAGGGCUCAGACGCUGACACCAGAAGACGAGCAGCAACCGACUUCUUGCGCAAGCUUCUGGAGAAGUUCGAGCCACUUGUGACAGAUGUUGUUGGGAGAUAUAUCAAGCAUUAUCUUGACCAAUUCUCCCAGAACGGUAGCGAUCAUUGGAAAUCUAAAGAUACCGCCGUAUAUUUGUUUUCAGCUAUCGCAGCUAAGGGUGUCAUUACAACAGGGCAAGGAGUCAAAACCACAAAUCCCUUGGUGAAUGUUGUCGACUUUUUCCAGCAGAAUAUCGCGAAUGAUCUUCUUGCGGAAAGCAAUGUUGAGCCAAUCUUGAAGGUUGACGCUAUUAAAUUUCUUUACACGUUCCGUAGUCAAUUGACUAAAGAUCAAUGGAAAGCGGCAUUUGAACCCUUGGUCAAGAAUCUAGGUUCCUCGAACUAUGUGGUAUACACUUACGCCGCAAUUACCGUGGAAAGAGUUUUGUUUCUCACAAACGAUGCAAACCAGCAUAUCUUUGGGAAGGAAGAUGUAUUGCCACUCGCCGAGAGCCUUCUAAAUCACUUAUUCCAUUUGAUCGAGAAAGAUGCCGCACCCGAGAAAAUCCAGGAGAAUGAGUUCCUCAUGCGCUGUGUUAUGAGAGUGCUCAUUGUCAUUAAGGACGGUGUUAUUCCAAUAGCAGAUAAUGUUCUGCAGCACUUGGUCAAGAUCACUCAAGUGAUUGGCCAAAACCCCAGUAACCCGCGCUUUUACUACUAUCACUUUGAAGCCUUUGGCGCUCUGAUCAGAUGGUCGGCGCCUUCACAACCCGACAAGCUUGAGAAUGAUUUGUAUCCUACCUUUGCCGGUAUUCUCUCAAGCGAUGUUCAAGAAUUCAUGCCCUAUGUCUUCCAAUUAUUCGCCGCUCUUCUGGAAGCCAACCCGUCCACGACACUUUCCGAUUACUACAGAAACUUGAUUGCCCCAAUUCUAAGUCCUACUCUUUGGGAAUCUCGAGGAAACGUGCCAGCCCUGACUAGAUUGCUUUCCGCAAUGAUCCCUAAAUGCGCUGCUGAACUUGUAGCGAAUAACCAACUCGAGCCAAUUCUUGGCAUUUUCCAGAAGCUCAUGGCCGGAAAAUCAAGAACUGAACUACAAAGUUUUGAUGUUUUAGAAGCUUUGAUUAUUUCGUGCAAUGUCUCUGCUAUUGAACAAUAUUUCCCUACGAUCUUGAACAUCAUGUUCACACGCCUCAACAGCAACCCCCCCGAAGCCUUUAAGCGUCGCUUUGUCCGUUUCUAUCAUCUCAUCUCAUCCAAGGAUCAACAAGGCCUUGGAGCAGAUUUCUUUAUAAAGCAAUCAGAUGCUGUACAAGACACCGUAUUCGUGCCUCUUUACUUGACCAUUAUCCUCCCAAUUACACAGCAAUUCCCUCGGCCACUAGACCGCAAAAUAGCUGUCAUCUCUUUGACUAAGACCCUGACCGACUCGCAAGCAUUUGCUGUUAGAUACAAGAAGGGUUGGUCUAAGACUUGUGAGGCUCUCCUCAAGUUGUUGGAGAACCCACCACUACCUGUCACAACCGAUGAUGUAGUCGCUGAAGCAGAUGUCGACGACUUAAGUUUCGGAGUUGGCUUUACACAACUUAACACUUGCAAGAAGGUUGCAGUUGACGAAUGGCCAGAGAUUACGGAUGUAAAGCUUUGGGUGGGAUCAUAUUUGAGAGAGGCAAAUCAACGACACGACAGAGCAAUUUCAGGUUACGUCAACGAAAGAUUAAAUUCUGAGGCCAGAAGUCUUUUGGUUGAGUAUAUGCAAUAGGAUGGAAAUUAUCACGCAUGAUACGAAGGUGACGAAGUAAUAUGGUGGGUUUGUACCGAUAAAGGAGCAUUUCAGCGAGGCAAGCGAAAAUUAGGUAGAUUGGUUUUCAUGAUUCCCACAGUGAGUAGUAUUGAGAAACAAGACGCAUCACCAUGACACAAUUCGUCUAAUGUAUGAAUCGUUGUAAGCAAUCGUCCGAAAUCUAGAUGUACUUGCUAUUAUGGAGAUAUGAAGCAAUCAAUCACUUGCACAUAGAUGCUUUAAAUCCUGAGACUAGAAGCAAUAUUCCUCGUCUUUCUGCCCAUCUAUUAAGUAAUGAAACACGAUCACAUACACA